UCGCAUCAACUUUCCUUGUACUCAGACGGCACUCAAACGCAGCAUACGUUAGCUCGUCAACUAGCUUAGCAGUGUGCUAACAACAACAACAACUGUACACACUCGUGUUUCUGCGACAAGCGACAAAGCCGAUAAUCCGUGGUCUUACACCGACUCGGGGGAAGUGGGUUAAAGGAUCGCCGUCCACUGAUGGACGCCAGUGAGUGUGUCUUAUCGGCGGGGAGAGCCGUGCUGGACAUGGUGGGGCGGGAGUGGCAGCCCCUCUCUGCGGGCGAGCUGGAGCAGCGGCUGGACCUGGCGGUGGAGGAGAUCCUGGAGGCUGAGCUGUUGUCCGAGCUCAGAGCCCAGCCUCCUCCGGCUGUGUACCUACACGUACUGCAGAGUCAACCACACGUGGAGCCCCAGGUUUUACACACAGCGGCGACAGCAUGCGGCCCCCAAGUGGAGGAGACCCCAGCAGAGCCCCAGGGACGACUGGAGUCUGUGGACAGUGCCGCGGUGAAGUACAUCACAGACCUGCUUCACAGCUCCAAAUCGCGGGCUCGUUUGGUGGGUCGGGCUCGCCUCUCUCUGUCCCACACCAUCCUGCUGUCCCUCACCCUGCUCUCUGAGCGUGUGAGCUACGGCUCAGUGUCCCGCCGCUUCCUUGUGGAGAAAGGAAACAUCCACAAGAUCUUCUUUUCUUUCUGUGAGCGUGUCAACACACUGGAGGAGAUGCAAAUCAGAUGGCCAGUUGGUGAAGAUGCAGUGGACGUCCUUUUCCCGAUCUCCAGUCAAGCGAAGGGGCAAGAAGACGGAGAGCAAAGUGUUCCUCAGGUGCUGGGAGUGUUGGGACACACUCGCAUCCCUAUCCGCCUGCCUAUUGGGAAACAUGAUGUGGAGAGCACAGUGCCUGAGGUGAAGAGGAUGAAGGAGGAAGCCCAUCCAGACUCCUGGUUAAACCUUGAGCUUUUAUGUGACCGCAGAGGCCGGUUCCUCCAUUGCAGAAUCAGUAAAGGAUCAGACGUCGACAGAGGCAGUGCUCUCAGAGACAAACUUCAACAGCAUCCUGAACUGAUGCCUCCAGGCUCCUGCCUUAUAGCCAGAGCUGGUUACACACUCACCGCUCACAUUUUAACUCCAUAUGUCACAAGUCAAGGACAGAGAGAGGAGCUCUUCAACAAGACACUGGAGGAGCACUUUCACAUUGCGGAUCAGGCCAUUGCCAACCUGAGAGCCAGAUUUCAGAGGCUAAGGUAUCUGGAUAUUGGGAGCUACAGUCGAGCCAGAACUGUUGUGCUGACCGCCUGUGUGUUGCACAAUGCGUUUUUGGACAUGGGAUGGGUGGUUCAAGGAGAAGUGGAGAGAGAGGAAACCAUAACCCAAGAGGGGGAGGGAGAAGUGGAUGAUGAAGGCAUAUGCAAACGUGACGCCAUUUCAGAUUUGUUGUUGAAAAGCUUUGAAUCUUGAUGACGUCUGUAAAGCCAUUUUCAGAAAUGUCCUCUGGGUGAAAUCUGGAGAAUUUGCUAGACGGAGUUUACCCAGGGUUUCCCUUUCACCCAUGCACAAUGUAACAGGAGGUUCUCUGCACAGAAGUGUGAGAUGAGAGAUGAAGCAGCCAGGUGCAGCAGACAGAGGCAGGAAGUGAUGCAUUAUCUCUGCUGCAUAGAUCACUUGAUUUUUUUUUUUCCCAGCAACCCAACACGGUCAUCAGCUCUUAUCACCACAAACUCUCUUGACAUUUUCGUCUGUGGCUUUUACGGAUAUGUCACAGCUUUAACACCAAGAGAUAUGUUUUAUUUUUGUUUUUUAAAUUUUCAUCAACCCCCUACUCCCCUGCUGUGUUCGACUUCUGCACAUAUCGACUUCCCCUGGAUUACCAUGGACUUUAUGGGUCAGGCUGUGGAGUGUCUCACUCUGACAUUUGAGUUCACACAUUUCACUCCAGAGAAAGUACAGAGAAACUGCCAAGUUCUUCAGUGCAUGUCCAAAAGCGACUUAAGAAACUAGUGUUCAAUCUCCUGUAAAAUAAAGUUUUAUUUUAACA